CAACGAUAGCGGCUAAGUUACCUUUCGUUUCGAGGUGCAUGCACCUUGAUGGCAGCAACGAGGACCCCGCAGGCUUCAGUUCGUUCUGCCGACCGCCACCCUGCCCUGAUGCCAAUUGGACCCAACCACAGCUACUCCGUACCCGCCAUCAUUCUUUUUCGCGCACACCUAAUUCUCCAUCCACCAUGCCAUCCGACAAAGCAGCCUACCUAGCAGCGCACUACCUCACUGUCGAGAGCAAAUCCUCCUCGUCCUCCACCAAGAAACGAAAGCGCAAGCAACCCGCCGCCUCUGGCCUUCUCAUCACUGAUGACGACGAGACUGGCUGGGACGCCUCCACCCACAAGAAAGACGACGCCGAAGAAGAUGACACGCCCAUCACGAUAGCCGGAACCAUGGCCGAGUUCCGGCGCGCAAAAAAGUCCGGCUGGAAGACCGUCGGCGACGCGCCCGCCCUUUCAUCAUCGAAAAAUGGCACCACAACCUCCUCCUCCUCCUCCUCCACCGCCGCCGCAGCAAAGCCAACAGAUGCAGCAGAUGCAGCAGCAGAAGCCGACGCCAUAAUCGCCUCCGCCGCCGCCGAAAAAGCCGCCGCGGCCGCCGCCGAAGAGGCCGAGGACCUGCAGGUCCCCGUGAUGUCCAACGGCACGCUUGCCGGCCUGCAGUCGGCGUCGGCGCUGACGGCGCAGCUGCGCAAGCGCCAGGAGCUCGAGGCCGCCGAGCUGGCCGAACUCAGGGCCGCCGCCGAGAGCCAGAAGAAGAACAAUAACAACAAGAACAAGGACGACGCCGAGCCCGAGGUCAUACUCCGCGACGCGACCGGCCGCCGCGUCGAUGCCUCCCUCCGCCGCGCCGAGGCCCGGCGCCAGGCCGCCGAGGCCGAGCGCGCCGCCAAGGCCAAGCAGGACCUGCUGCGCGGCGAGGUGCAGGCGGCCGAGGCCCGCGCCCGCCGCGAACGCCUCGAGGACGCCGCCCUGCUCCCCCUCGCCCGCGGCCGCGACGAUGCCGAGCUCAACGAGGAGCUCAAGCGUGCCGAGCGCUGGAACGACCCCAUGGCCGAGUUCAUGGCCUCCUCCGCCGCCGGCGGCGGCGGCGGCGAGUCCGGGGGCGCAAGGACCGGGGGGACGAAAAGGGGGAGGCCCGUGUACAAGGGCCCCGCCCCCCCGAACCGCUACGGCAUCCGGCCCGGGUACCGCUGGGACGGGGUCGACCGGAGCAACGGGUUCGAGGCCGAGCGGUUCAAGGCGCUGAAUCGCAGGGAGAUGCAAAAAGGACUGGAGUAUACUUGGCAGAUGGACGAGUGAAUUUAAACAAUGGGGUUGUGGGAACUCCUCGGGUCUUGUUUUCCCCCUUUCCUUUUUUAUCCCCGGGGGGGGGGGGGGGUUUGGGUUUGGGUUUGGAGCAAACAAA